UUAGUUUACGGAACUGCUAGCAUUUUUGCUAAAAUAUAUCUUUUUCCUUAUUACCUUUCACUUAAUUGUGAAUUUUGAUUUUUUUGGGCACGUUUAUGUGAAGAAUCGUUAUUUUAAUGCUGGAUUCUAUCAACCAAGCAAAACGUUUUAUUUGUUUUUAACCAAACCGAAGAGUUUCUGAUGCUAGCUGCAUAAGUUGCAUAUAUGAUGGCAAGAGUUACUCCUGGAGCAUUUAUUGUCCCUGACUGGCAUCGAUGUAAAGAUAGCAAAGAAUACUUCAACAAAAUUAUACAAAAGAAGAAUCGGAAGAAUUUUGGUCUGUUGGAGUCUCCUGUGAUGCCCCCACAUGCAGCCGUGGAUACACUUGAUUAUAAGGUUUUCAUCUCUGGUAAGAGUGGAGUUGGGAAAACAGCUCUCGCUGCACGCCUUGCUGGUCUAAAUAUUCCUAGUGUGCACCAUGAAACUACAGGGAUUCAGACGACAGUGGUGUACUGGCCUGUGAAACUGAGGGAAAAUGGCAGAGUGCUUUUCUUCCGUCUGCAGUUGUGGGACUGUGGAGAGAAUGCCUUACGCAGAUUUGACCAUUUGCUUCCAUCCUGUAAGGAACAGGUGGACGCUGUCCUCUUCCUUUUUUCCUUCACCGACAGGACAUCCUUCCAAGAUUUGUCAAAUCAAAUGACUAAAUGGACCGAGUCAACAGACUGUCUUGUCAAAGUGGUGGUUGGUACAAAGUUUGACCUCUUCAUGCACUGCGAUGUGGCAGAGAGAGAUGUCAGGAAGUUCCAGGAGACAUGGAGGUUACCGGUGUUCCACUCAGGUGGGGAGGUCAGCGAUAGGCUGGGUGACGUAGCCCCCAUACUCAACUGUCUCGCCGAGAACCUGUGGCAUCAGGACUGUGUUAGAGCUGGAGCAGCUGGUCGGCAACAGCAGCACAAGACAAGGACUCUACCUUAAAAAUCCCUGAUCAAAGUCAUUUUGGUAUAUUACAGUCUAAAGGGAGCGACCGGUAUCUCCUAAUAUGCAGUGACGACAAUGGGAGCAGGAAUCUAAUGGAUAUUUUGUGGCUAAAAAAAAAAAAAAAAAGCUACAAUUUCAAGGCAAAACUCAUUUCCAUGCAUUAUAUGAACAGGUUUUUUUUUCUGCUGUAGAGUUAGCUUUCAAAAUAAUCAAAACUGCAGUUAUAACUGCUACCUGUGCAGCUUUUCCAACCUCUGUACCUUUGAAUACUUAGAAUCAGCAGUGAUUGGCCUCCAGAUCUCUUCCCAAUUAUUGUGUAGACUAUAGCAAAAAUUCUGCAUUGCAAAUCUUCGUCAAAGUCUUGUCACAUUGUGGCUUUAACAAGUUAUAAUUAAGUUUGACACCUCUGCCUUAAAUUAACACACUGCCAUACAUGCUUCAGGAGCCACACACACCUAAUUUCAAUAACCAAUCAUAUGAAACUAAAAAGGUGUUUAAGUAGAAAAUAAAUAGUACAGCAAAAUAUCUGAUGCAUCGUCUGUUACUGGUUUUCAUAAACACUAUGUAAAUGUUUUCAUGACGUGAAUCACUUUGAACUGCCUUGUUGCUGAUGCAUGCACUACAAAUAAACUUGAUCGAGGAGAAGCCAAGCUCCAGUCCUGCAACCUUUAGAUGCUUCAGCAGAGGAUUAGCAGAUCUCUGUAGAGCUUGUCUGCUUGCUAGUGAGGCAGUUUUGCCAUUUAAUUCAUUGUGUAGGACACAUCUAAAGUUACAGGACUUAGGCCCUCAAGGAAUGCAGUUUGAAACCUUUGUAUUACAGCGUCAGGAGAACCAGAACAGAAAUGCUGGCUUGUGUGAACCAGCGUUUCUGGUUCAUACAAGCUGAUGUGAUCAGUUUCUGUGAACUGAUGUUCAGAUGAACCGUUUGAGUCACAUAAAUCGGAGGUUCUUCAGAUU